AUGAAAAGUAGGGAAAAGGGUGACACGGAGCUGCCUUUAUCAUGGUCGGAAAGCGAGCGGUCAGUCUUGAAGCUGAAUAUGCGCCACUUGUGUUUAUUUGGAGCAUGGCCACUGUCAAGGUACCGAAUAUUCCACGUUUACAGCGUCAUCAACCUAGCUCUGGGCAUCUGGUACGUCAACGAGGCCUCUACAUACGUCUCCUACAUAUGGGGAGACAUGGAGGAAGCGACGCUGGUACUUAUUAGUACUUUCAACAUCGGCAGCAUCGUUGUGAAGACGACUCUGUUCCUGUGGCACAGAGGACAGUACUUCGCCCUGGUCCGACGAGUGGACGAUCUGAUGCUGUUACAGAGCGAACCCUGCUCUCAGGACCCGGUCCUCGGGCACUUGCUGUGGCGCUCCAAGAGGACCGCGGCGCGCCUCACCACGGCCAUGCUGCUGCUCAUGGUGUCCCAGUACGUCACGUGGUACCCCAUGCCACUCAUCAUGAACUGGGGUGAACGCCGCUUGCCUCUAGCGCAGCACCCCUGGGACAACAACAGCAAUUAUUACGUGCUGUCUUACGCCGCACAGUGCAUUGCUGUAUCGUGGAUGACGCAGAUCAGCUUCGGCAUCGACUGCCUCUUUGUGUCCAUCAUGAUCCUCGUGGCCGCGCAGAUGAAGAUCCUCGCUUCGCGCGUGGCCAAUCUGAAGAUGCAAGACGUCGGGUUAAGUAGCAAGCAGCACACAAUUAAAAGUCCCGGAUACAAAUUAUACAGAGAUUUGUGCCUCUGUAUUGAAACCCAUCAACAGCUUCUAAGAUUUAUCAGAGAAUUGGAGGACGCAAUGAGUCCCAUCGUAUUGACUCAAUUUGCCUGCAGCGUUCUUGUCACCUGUGUGACGCUGUUUCCAGCAGUUUUCAGCACAGACUUCACUGCUGUGAUUCGGAGUGCCGGCUUCCUGCCCGUGCCAUUAGGACAACCUUAUCUGUACUGCUGGGGUGCUCACACCGUGACAGAACAGUUUGGUUGCACCCAGGAAGAAGUGGGGAACGCCAAUGAACCCCCUCACAACUUCUCCCCCUGCUCCCGCCAAAGCUGCGCAUGGAUGGAGGCGAGUGAGAGUUUCAAGCGAGCCCUGAGAAUCCUCAUCAGCCGCGCGCAGAAGCCGCUGGUGCUCACGGCCGGGCACCUCUACCCCAUCAACAGGCCUGCUUUUGUCUCGUUGGUGAAUGCAUCGUACACGUACUACGCACUGCUGUGUCAAUUCAACAAACGCGCAAAGGAACGAGCGCUCUGA